ACAUGACAUCACACAUCCCCGUCCUUAUCUCCAAAAUAGUAGAGCGUACGAUUUCGUAAAUAUAACAAACAUCGGGCGAGCGACCGUAGUGACGUUUUCAUCGGAAUAGUUUCCGGUCUGAGCCAAAUAACGUUUUGGGAUUGGCGCCUUUUUCCACAGCAGCAUCUAGGAGGCUGGCGGGGUUUUUCACGCUCAGGAGGAGGAAUGGCGAGAGGGGAGGCCACGGCUGAGGAGUGGGAGAGAGAUGGGGGCAUAGCAGAAUAAUAACAUCCCGGGUCACGUAUCGUACCUUGUUUUGUAUUUUGCGCCGGUAUCCGUCUCCCGUCAUGGAUCCAGAGAAAACGCUGACGUUCUGCCUUGGGUUGAAGGCCGAGGAGAUGACCAUGUCCCUGCAGGACUUGGAUGGCACAGAGUCUUCCACUACGGCACACCGUUCUGCAACGCCGGUGGUGACAUUUCACGAGAAUUCUGGCAAUCAACCCGUAGUCAGUCCUAAAGAGUCUUCCACUACGGCGCACCGUUCGCAGCCUUCACCGCCAGUGGUGACAUUUCACGGGAAUUCUGGCAACCAACCCGUAGUCAGUCCUAAAUACUGUCCCGGGGUGAACAACAAGCCCGGCUACCUCUGUGAAACGGGCCAUUGCUGUGGAGAGACCGGCUGCUGCACCUACUAUUAUGAACUGUGGUGGUUCUGGCUGCUGUCGACCGUGGUGAUCCUGUUCAGCUGUUUCUGUGCGUACCGGCACCGCUGGGCCAAGCUGAGGCUCCAGCACCAGCAGAGACAGAGAGAAAUCAACCUGAUCGCCUACAACGGCGCCUGCAACUACCCAACCUCCAUGCUGGACCUAAGCUUCCUGGCUUCCUUCAAACUUCCGUCGUACGAGGAGGUGGCCGCCCAGCCCUGCACCCCUCCUCCCCCCUACAGCUCCGUCUUCGCCCUGCGAGGAGGCGCCAUGACCUCCUCCCAAAGCUCCGAUAACUACACCAGCUGCUCCUGCGAGUCCUGCUCCAUCACCUCCCCUUCCAGCAACUCCUUCUCCGUGCAGGUGACGGACGAGACCUACGACAGCAGCCGCGGCUCCACCCCCGGGGACGGCGCCGACCGGGCCGUCGCCAUCGCCGACCGGGCCGUCGCCAUCGCCAUGACGACCAGGCCCGGGCGUUCGGCGCCUCUCCCGCCCGACCCGUCCCCCAGCGCCGCCCCCGAAGGCGGGCCGCCCCGAGCCGCUAACAGCGCGGGGCGCUCGUUUCCCCCGCUGGUCGUGUCUGACCCGCUGGGGGCGCUGGGGGCCGGCCGGGGGUGCGGGACGGGGGGCUCCACCCCCGGCCUCCCCCCGCCACCCUUACCCUUCCCCAAACACGCCCUCUUCUCCUCCAGCGUGGCGUUCUUUGAGCACCAGCGCUACGACGCCGAGCGCAAACAGCAAGUGGCCUCGCAGAGGGGGAUGGAGGAAGAACACCGAGGGGGAGGAGGAGAGGAAGAUGAUCUGGAUGACGACGAUGAGGAGGAUGAAGAUGACGAAGACCACUUCCGCCACCGCAGGCUGACGGGCGACUCGGGUAUCGAGGUGUGCCGCUGCCACAUCAAGCGGACGGAAGGGGACGAGCCCGCGGUGGAGAAGGGGGGAGGCGGUAACCGGGGGAAACGAGGAGGAGGAGGAGGAGGGGGGAGGGCGCUGGGAUACGGGGAGGGGGCAGAGGAGGUCCUGCACGACAGCGUGGACUGUUCCCUCCGUGCUCAAGCGGCGGCAGAACGGCGCCCGUAUCAGCGAGCGGAGGCGACCGCGACCUCUGGGCUGCCCCACAAGGCGGGCAAGGCCACCGUCACCGUGGAAACGUCAUGA